ACUCUAGACGGCGCGCGGUUCCUGUUGCUAAGCAACCGCGGUCCAAACAUUAGCUUGCUUGUACUCGGCAAGAGCAGCGAGAGUCCUCGUGAAGAAUGAGCGCCGGCCGGACUGUCGAGGGCGCGGGGUGUGUGACCUGGUGGGGAUUCGGACCAGCACGAGACCUCCUGAACUCAGAGAACAUGGUGAGGUCAGAUGGAGAGCUGAAUGUCCUGCUGGUGGGCAGUGGAGAUCCCAGACACAUCCUGAAGACCAUCACUGGACUGACACACUCUGAUACACUACAUGUGUGGGUGAUUGAGAACAGCAUGGAGGUUGUUGCCAGACAAUUAUUACUACUAUAUUUAUCACUUCAGACCCCUGAGAACAUGAGUCUACACAAAAAGACCGAAGUGUUUCUGGAGGUGUUUGGGAAUUCUGAGAUUCGCAAAGAGACGGAAGAGACUUUAAAACACGCUGCGGCUCAACUCUCUCUCUCCAUCACAAACACUCUGUCCUCUAACUCGCACGCCCAUCCUUGCCUUGAUACAAGCCUUCUGAAGUUUAAGGAGAGAGAUGAGUUGGUCCGGAUCUUCAAACUGUGGGAACAGCCACCGUCAGUGCCAGCGAGUGUGCGUAAGGUCUGGGACGCCCGUGUCCGGCAGCACCUGGGGACUCGCUACGACUCACGACAGGGGUGUUUCGACUGGGAUCUCAGCAUGAAACUGCACCAGAGAGGCUGUGGCGUCAUUAGCAAACAUCAGUAUGUGAAAUGGAGGGAAAGUGGUGUGGCCUUUGAAAUGAGGGAGGGGCUUUACCAAACAGCCAAUCAGAGUCUGCUUUCCACACGAGUGUUCAAUCAUAGAGGAGAUCAGGUCGCUGUUAGAGGAUAUUGGGGGGACAUCGUCUCCAGUCCAUAUCUGUCGUUCGGCAUAGUGACCGAGAACAAAGACCUGCUGAAGAAACAGAACAAUCAACAUGUAAAGACUGCUCAGGAUAUUUCAGAAGUCAACGUCUUGGCGUUGUUUGAAUGUCUUGCCACUAGAGGGAGCUCUUUACUGAAUGAAGAUGUACCAAACCCUCCAAGUUCCUGCUGUCAAUCCACAGACAGUUUCAUAACAGAAGAGAAGAUACAGAAUGAUCCACCUUCCUCUCAAACUCACUCAGAACAUGAGCAACAUCCAGCAGUACAACACACACAAGCACUUGAUUUGCUGAACCUGAGUGGAGUGAAAGUGUCAUUUCUGUCUCCAGACUCUCUCAACAAACUUCCCCUAAAAAACAAAUACAGAAAGUUGUUCAACAGCAUCUUCUGUUCAGCCAGUAUGGUUCAUCAGCUCGAUUCUUCUCUGAGAGAGAUCGCAGCGCCUGAUGCUGCUCUGCUAAUAGAGUUAGCAAACUUCCUGUUGGAUCUUUCAAAAGAGCAAGUGUCAGGUUUUGCUGACAGAGUGAAGGAGAUCGCUGAAGAAUCAGGAUUCACUGCAACACACGACCAGAGCAGCGACACACAUGCAGUAUUCACACGGAAAAGUGACUGAAGGACAUUUUCGCAGUUUCAGAUACACACUUUACAAACACACACUGCACUACAUCAGCCAUAUGCAUUUGAUGAAUUACAAAAAAAAGGGCAAUUUCAGACUAGAAACUGAAAUUUGUCUUAAUGGGAGAUUUGAUUAAGCAAGACUCCAUAACUUUAACAAACAUUUAAAUAUGAAUAUGACAAUAUAUAUAAUUAUAUAGAUUCUAGCUGCUUGAAUGUAGAUGGACUAAUGAUUUUAAGCAUUAUAUA